GCAAUGACAAUCAAAUGGGAAGACCAUGCUCGGGUCUACUGUUCCAUCGUUGAUGGCUCUUUGAUGGAGGUGGGCGAUGCAUUCACAGAUGAAGAGUUAAUACCAUUUCUUCCUCUUCUCACCACAUGUCUUACACAUCCUUCGAUGAGCACAUCCAAUGCGUUCCUUUCAAAAAUCUGCUCAUUGGCAACGGAAAAUGGGCUAAUGGCGUAUUUGACGUUGGAUUAUCGAUGCGUUGAAAAUGAUAUUGUAUUCUUAUCUAAAGCACAAGGCAGCGAUGGAUUUGCUAGUUUGGGACCUGCGCAGAAGAUCACAAUGCUUUGUCGAGCUCUUCAAAAAGAUAGUUCUACAAAUCAAGAAGAGUGGCUUUUGGCAUGUUUAUGCGAAGAAAAUGUCGAAGAGCUGGGAUGGUUGUUAUCGCUAAUUCUUCUCAAUAUGCCAAACAUCAUUUCAAUCGAAGAUCUUGUAUCGAAGUUGCUUCUGUUCAAAGAUGGACCUGACAUACUUACCCAAGUGAGUCUAAUGGUUUGA